AUGUUUAAGGAUCACAGGGCACGAUCACGGCACAUCAACGCCUACCACGUACAUCCUCGCCAGCCUCAACCUUUGUCCUCGCCUCAAAAUCAGCCAGCAGCAUGGCCAGAGUCUUCAUCGCUUGUUGGCGCAUUUGAUGAUCUCCUCGUUCAUGAUGAUGGCAUUCCCUCGCCCACCGAACCUGAAGAUUUGUCCCAUCUAUCCCCCAGUCCCUCUCCCCCGAAGCGGAACCAAAGGAUCAUACAUCCUCAUCUGACCGGACGGCCGUGCAACGAGUAUGGCGAGUUCUUGGAGGAUGGAACACAUGCCCCACCACGGAAUGAAGACAUUGAUGAUUGGAGCCCAUUCGCUGAUAAACAUAAAGUAGAGAUGUCCGCACCAAAUAUAGAUUUCUUACUUGAGCUCUGGGCUUUUGACGCGGCCCAAAAAGAAGUAGAGGGUCCAUUUAUCUCUCAUCGUGAUGUGUACAGCACGAUUGACUCUGUGAGGGAGGGCGGCGUACCAUGGGAGUGUUUGUCUGUGGGUUUCACGGGAGAUGUCACUCCUGAUUCUCCAUCAUGGAAAGCGCAGGAAUACCACAUCUGGUACCAAAACCCCAACAAUGUCAUCCAAACAAUGCUCAGCAACCGAGACUUUGCUGGUCAAUUUGAUGCGGCACCAUAUCAGUUAUUUGAUCAGAAAGGUGAUAGGAGGUGGGAUAACGUUAUGGCUGGUAACUACUCUUGGCGCCAGAGCUCACAGAUCUAUGAAGAUGAUCCGACCACCGAUGGCGCUAUGUACUGCCCGGUCAUCCUAGGUAGUGAUAAGACAACGGUAUCAGUGGCUACGGGACACGUUGAAUAUCACCCUCUCUACCUUUCAAUCGGCAAUGUGCACAACGCAGAUUGUAAAUACGAUAAUGAUCCCGAGUUCCGUACCUUCAAACGGAAACUGUUUCAUUCCUCUCUUAGCGCUGUCCUGCAGCCUCUCAGAGGAGGGAUGACAGUGCCCGUCCGGGUGUUGUUCAAGGCUGGUGUGCGCGCACCUUCGGACGACCUUGAUGGCGAUCCCAAUGCAGGCCGCCGUACAAAACGGUGGACAGACGCAGUAAUCAAUGCAUUCUCUUCGAUGGAGGUGUGGGACCAACUCAGCAUUGAUGACGAUGUUGUGCCAUUUACUUAUGACUUUCCACGGGCCGACAUCCACGCCAUGCUCGCACCCGACCUUCUCCACCAGAUCAUUAAAGGGUCUUUCAAGGACCACCUUGUAACCUGGGUAGAAGACUUCCUGAAAAGCGAACACGGCGAGAAGAGAGCAGGCAAGAUUAUGGACGAUAUAGAUCGACGAAUUGCGCUUACCCCAUCCUUCCCUGGCCUACGUUGCUUUCCUCACGGGCGACGUUUCAAGCAGUGGACCGGAGACAAUUCUAAGGCUCUGAUGAAGGUUAUUAUUCCUGCCCUCGUCGAGUAUGUGCCCGCGGGUAUUAUUAGAUGCCUGUACGCCUUCAUGGACUUCUGUUAUAUUGUUCGGCGCUCCGAGCUAGGUCAACGCGACCUUAUCGACAUACAGGAUGCUCUGAAGCGCUUCCACACAGAGCGCGAGAUUUUUCGCGAUUCCGGGGAAUUUGGGCCGCCGAACGGGCUCUGUUCCUCUAUCACAGAGUCUCGACAUAUCACGGCAGUCAAGCGACCAUGGCGUCGUUCCAGUCGCUUCAAGGCACUGGGGCAAAUGCUGCUUACUAACCAGCGACUUGAUAAGCUGGCGGCGGCCCGAACUGACUUUAUUGCACCAGCCAGAGCAUCGUCGAAUGCUGAGGCAGAUGAUAUUGAGCCCAAGGAUGUAGAUGGCGUCAUGGCUGACGUCUUCUUGGCUCGACACCCGCAACCAAAAUACCCAAAGGCCUUACAUCAGCUAUCAAGUUAUAUGGCUGUACCGGAGCUCCCCGCUCUUGUCCGCGAAUUCCUCGAGGACAAAGUCAGCGACUAUCCCAGUCCCCCGCCCAUACCCCCUGUUCUUCACGCCUCCAUCUCCAUUUUCCACUCGGCAACAGCAAUAUACCGUGCCCCUAGUGACGUAUCGGGCGCUCAAGGCAUGCGUCGUGAGAUAAUCAGGUCUACACCUGUUUGGAGAGGCGACCAAAACGGCCGCCACGAUUGUGUUUUCAUUGCCGAAGACGAGGAGAAGGGCGGCAUGUUCUCGCGAGUGGGCCGCAUACCAGACCCUCUUACGGGCAUGUGGAAGACUGCCCUCGCGGUGGGCGACAAGCAGAGGGAGCUCGCGUUGAAACAGUCGCCGCACGCGAAGGCACUGGCACGUGCACGCGCGGACAUGGUCCAUAUCAAGGAGAGCCAGAUUGGCGCUUACAACCAGAUGAACAUUGAUGCACUUGCACCACCCCUGCACCUCGUGUUUCCUCGCCUGGAGGCCCCGGUAACAGCAGUGGUACGAGACCGGAGGAGCGAGCGGACAUCUGUCAUAUUCAUCUCGCGAGAGGAGCCUCGACUGACAGUCCCCGUCGCGGCGCUCAAGAACAGGCAUGUCCUCACGUCUUGCCAUGUAUUUGAUAUUGACAAGUUAGAUGAUGGUGGCGGCAGCGACCCUGCGCCGGCUCCGCCGAAGAAUCUUCAGGUAGUGGGUGGUUCAGAGGGUCGGUUGUAG